UCAGUGAGAGCAGCGCUUCAGACGCGCUCACUGCUGCGCUCAAGACUUUCCAGACUAACACACACACACACACACACACACACACACGCACACGCACACACAUAUACUUCUCAGUGACUUUGCGGCUCCAACUUUGGGUUUCACAAACUUCAUUCGGUUUCGAUAUCAUGCUGGAUUAAGCCCACUGAACGUUGUUGUUGUUCGGCCGGAGAAAGUUUGUUUUACGACAGUGCAGGUACAAUGAGCGCAUUCUGCAGCAGAUCCGCUGAUUAGAGGGGUGAGAUCCGCUUUCCACAGGACUGCAGUGUUUGCACUGUGACCUGUAGGUUUGGACACAGAUAGUGAAGGGGGUCACAGACAAUCCAGCACCAUGGAUAUCGGCAACGAUGUGGAUCUGUCCAAUAAAAACAUCACCCCGUUGUGGAGACGCCGCUCAGACAAUAGUAAAAAACCCCAGGACUCAAGCCAUCCUAAAUCACGACCCCUCAGUUACCACAUGAGCGGGGUUGUGGCGACGGACUUCCCUGUGGAGGACAACAAGAGUUCCUUAUCCUUGAGCCAACCUGCUGAGAGGCCGGUGGUCGCUUCCCAGAGUUGGGGCAAGAACACUGUGGUGUUGAAGCACGUUCUGCACAAACCCUCCAGGAAAACCCGAGUUGUCCGAAGCAUUAGCAUCGGGCACUUCUCCAACGGACUCUUCUCACUCUCUAAGUUUAGGUCUGAGGGUAGCAAAUCCGCCUCACUGGACAAUAGAGUGUGUAAUGGAGACAGGCAGAAAAACGGUAAUGGAGUGACAGUAUGGCAGGAAAAGCAUCUCAAGGACCCCCAGAAACGGAUGUCCAACCCGUUCAGCAUGAGCUCACGGAAAGACCAGAAAGCCUUCGGGAUGAGUUCAUCCUCAUCUGAAGCGGUUCUUAACUCCUCUCCUGUCCUGUCUCCACGCUCCCCUAACAACAACAACUACAACUCCCAAGAACUCUCCUCCCUUUCGUCCGCAUCCAGCCCUUCUCCUCCAGCGCGGCUUACCCCCACCCCCUCCCACAGCUCCACCUCCAGCAUCCCCUCCCUCUCUUCCCUUACCUCCUCGGACCCCCCGACCCCGCGCUCCCCGUCGCCAGCAGACAGAGGACAGGCGCCCCUUAGACCGUCCUCAUUCUCCUCUGCCUCCUCACAGGACACCAGGCAUGUGUCUUCCUCUUCUUCCAUCUCCUCCACCUCACCUUCUCCCUCGCUAUCCCCAUCUAUCUCUCCCUCCCCCUCCAUCGUCCUCAGCACCCACAGCCCCGCUGCCCUGAAGAUGGGCACCCAGCAGCUCAUUCCCAAGGGUUUAGCGUCCGAUAUUCGGCAGAGCAAGGCGCCUCCCUCUGAGCCCCAAGGCCAAGGUUUAACAGGUCUGCUGGGGGUGGAUCAUUCCAAGCGGGCGUUGAAAGCCCUCAGCAUGGUAGAAACAGGAACCUACUUUUCCACAGGAGGGGGUCGUGCUGAUGGGACGGAUGGGGAAACGGAGAGUUCGGGGACGCUAAAAAGAACCCUGAGGAGUACUUCCUAUAGGAGGGCAGUUGUGAGCGGAGUAGACUUAGAGGUCCCAUCGGUAGAUCCCAAGGCCCAUCGGUUGUCCGAACCUGUCAUCAGAUGGCCUGAUGAGGAUAAGACAGACUCACCAGUCAGCCCAGCAAGUCCUGGCGCUGCAAGCCUCACUAGCCCCGGAACUGCAAAGCCCACCAGCCCUGGGACACCCAAACUAGCAAGCCCUCGGACACCCAAACUAGCAAGCCCUCGGACACCCAAACUAGCAAGCCCUGGGACACCCAAACUAGCCAUCCACAGGAUUUCAAAGCCUACUAGCCCUGGGACUGAAAAGCCUACCAGCACGGGGAAAAACAAGAGUCCAGACAAGAAGAAAGUUUUAACCACUCAGCUGACGUUCGACGGUGAGGAAGAGGAGCUUUACCAGAACUACCAGGAGAAGGCCUUGCAUAAUGACUCAGAUGAGGAUGCUGAUUCCAGAGAACCCAAACCUGAUAACGGCAUUGUGGUGCAGUACAGACCUAUACGCACCUCCUGGUGCCAGCUCAGUGUGGUGAAGAAAAGUGGUCUUUCUGAGCUGAUGAGUCAGGAGGAACGCAAAAGACAAGAGUCCAUUUUUGAGGUGAUCUCGUCGGAGCACUCUUACCUCCACAGUCUGGAGAUCCUGAUCCGUAUGUUCAAGAACUCUGCAGAGCUCAGCGAGGCCAUGACCAAGACUGAACACCACCACCUCUUCUCCAACAUCACCGACGUCUGUGAGGCUAGCAAGAAGUUCUUUAAGGAAUUGGAGGAGAGACACCAACAGAACAUUGUGAUCGAUGACAUCAGCGACAUCGUUGACAAGCAUGCUCAGUCCAACUUUGAUCCCUUCAUCACAUAUUGCUCCAACGAGGUCUACCAGCAGAGAACCCUGCAGAGGCUGGUGUCCAAGAACCCAGUUUUUAAGGAGGUGCUGACCAGGAUAGAGAGCCACCCAGAGUGCAGGAACCUCCCCAUGAUCUCCUUCCUUAUCCUGCCCAUGCAGAGGAUCACUCGCCUCCCCCUACUCAUGGAUACAAUUUGUCAGAAGACACCUAAAGACUCGGCACAAUACGAAGACUGUAAGAAGGCUUUACAAGCAAUCAGCAAGGUGGUAAGAAAGUGUAAUGAGGGAGCUCGCACAAUGGAGAGGACAGAGAUGAUGUACACCAUCAACUCUCAGCUGGAGUUCAAGAUCAAGCCCUUCCCCCUGGUCUCAUCCUCCAGAUGGAUGGUAAAGAGAGGAGAACUGACUGCAUUUGUGGAGGACAACGGCAUCUUCCUCAAGCGGAUGGCACGGCAACAUGUCUAUUUCUUCCUCUUCAAUGACGUCUUCAUUGUCACCAAGAAGAAGAGCGAGGAGAGCUACGCAGUGAUCGACUACGCUCUGAGGGACCAGAUCUGGGUGGGUUCCUGCCAGCCCGAGGAUCUCCACCUGUCGCCGGUCAGAGGCACCGCCGGCAUGCCUAGCUCACGGCAAGCUGGCGCCAACCAUCUUUUCCGGCUGCGUUUCCGUAGCAACCACUCCGGUGAAAAGGUGCCCAUGAUCCUGGGGACGGAGUUGCUGAAUGAGCGUGCUCGAUGGAUCAGUGCCCUGGGCCAGAAUGUCAACAACAACAAGAGUCAGGACAGAACCAAUGCAAUGCAGGUGGAGGUGAUCAGAACUUACACAGCCAAGCAGCCGGAUGAGUUGUCCCUGCAGGUGGCUGAUGUGGUGCUGGUCUCACAGACGGUAGAUGAUGGCUGGUAUGAAGGUGAGCGACUGCGCGACGGAGAAAGGGGGUGGUUCCUCGCCGAGUGUGCCCAACCAAUCACGUGCCAGGCAACCAUCGAGCGCAACAUGCAGAGGAUGGAUCGCCUGCAGGGGUUGGAGACCAAUGUGUGAGCCGGAUGAGGCCGGUGCUUAAAACCACAGAGGGAUUUUCUCAGCUGGUGGUCGUCCUUUGACUCACCAGUGACCUUCCUUUUUAAAGAAGCGAACCCAAACAAUUGAUUUCAGUAACACCAUCAGUGACCUGCCUUCAGGGACCAAGUGGACCAGGCUGCCUAACUGUUCACAGUGGGUUAAAGAUGAAGCCAUAGUUCUUAAGACUUCAGCUCAGCUUCCAUUAAAUAUCCGGCAUACUGUCUACUGAGUUUCAAAGCAAAUACAGAAGAAGAACAAAAGAUUUCCUUAAUUGCCGACAGUUUCCUUGUGUGGGUGGGAUCUGUCACAUUCAUUCAUUACCCUGUUGGGAAGAAAACUUCACACCCACUGCCAGAGUCAAUUUUUUUCAUCACCCCGCUACUUAACAACUGUUGGUGUGAAAUUUGUACAUUUCUUUUUAUUUUUUCCCAAAACAUAUUUUUGGAGCGUUAGCGAUGUGCUAUGUAAUAAUUGGAACCACGGUAUCGCUAUAGGAGGUAGAGUAGUAUAAUAGUGUGGAGAUGACAGCAGCCUGAUGUGUGCUCUGCUAAUGAGGAUCAUCAGGCCAUGUAAUUAGGAGCUUUGUCAGUAACAAUGUUACUAUGAACAUGUUGGUUGUGAAAGAGAUAAUAAGGCAAGACGGUAGGAUUUGGCAGCUUCUUUACAGUGUGUGGUUUAGUUUAGGAGUGUGGUUUCAGUAGCAUCUGAUGGCAAGUGAAACUAUUACAAUGAUACUUACAAAACAAACUACAUAUCGGUGUAUGUUUAUGUUUUUUGUAUGAACGCUACUUGUCUGAAGCCCAUGACACUUUGUGUGAACACAAUAAGUCGUAAUUCAUUUAAUAAUGACAAUAACAGUUCUAGGUAACAUUUCAAGUCAUCCACGGGUUAAGUAGAAGGGCCAAGUAGCUGUCCUCUACUUACGCUGUUUGUCACCAGUUAAUGUCACCACCAUGAAUCAGACUCUACAUUUGUGUCACAGAUCCCAUUUUUCUCUCCAUCCACUCAAUGAUUUGGACAGCCUGAAAUAUCACACACCCUAGAUGCCAGCCAGGGGUGUAAAUAAAAAUCCCCCCUCAGGAUUUAUAUCUGUGAUGUUACAGAGGCAGGCUGAAUUAAAUUUGUGUGUGCCGACAGUGAGACCGGAAGAGAAGCACACCCCUGCUUUUAAAGUGAUUGUCCAGCGUGAGUCAUCUUUUUUAGCGUUGCCAUGCCCAGCCAAAGGAAAUUAAUGGCUUGGUCAGAUUGCGGUGAUAACAGCAUCAAUCAAGCCCACUGCUCCGGCCCCAACCCGAAUGACAACCUCAACUGUGGAGCCACAUGAAGCGAGGUAUGACGGUAGCGGGCAGAGCAUCCAGCAGGAAGGGCAUGGGUAUCCAGACCAAGCUUUGCAUUUGCACUCAGGGAAAAAAUAAAUUAGCUUAGCGAUACCACACAUAUAAGCAUGA